AUGUCCGACGGUCAGCCCACGCCACCAAAGAAUAGGAAGAUCAUCGACAACUUCUGCUACACGGACUUGAAGCAAACGUCCUUGUCCAUGGAAUGGACCAUCGGCAGCUUCCGCCUGCUGAAUCUAAAGAACAACGAAUUCUUGGAAAGUUUUUCCUUUUGCUCCGAUUCUUCAGAAGGUGGUGGAUCCUGGCGGCUGAGGCUGUACCCGAAAGGUGAGCCUUCCACCCAGGACUACAUCGGCCUGUAUGCCAUAUGCACCAUGUGGCGCGACAUCGCCGUCAAGUGCGACGUGUGCGUCGUCGAUGUCAACAACCAGGAAGACCACAGGGCCAGCUUCGAGUGCAAGAUGACGUCGGACUCGUACGGCUUCUCGAAGUUCUUGAAGAGAACCGAUCUCGAUGAUGGGCUGUUACCCGAUGGCCGAUUGACGAUUCGAUGCUACUUGACGGUGAUGCAUUUGAACAGUUCGAGGCAGACGACGGGGAGGUCCACGAUGGCAUACCGCCAUCCCAACGCUACUCUGUCGAAGGAUUUUGCUAACUUGUUGGAAGAGAAAAUAUUCACCGAUGUGGUCCUCACUGUUGACGACAGAAAGUUUUCAGUGCAUAAAAGUGUCCUGGCAGCACGUUCACCGGUAUUUAGGGCCAUGUUUUCCCACCCCAUGCGGGAAAGCGAGCAGAACAUCGUAGUCAUCGACGACACCUCCGAGAAAGUCCUCGGCGAAGUCCUCUACUUCAUCUACUCUGGCAAAGUCUCGGAAGGUCUGACAGUCAAUCUGGCACUGGACCUGCUCCAGGCAGCCGACAAGUAUUGUCUUCUGGACCUCAAAGCAACUUGUUGUAGUUUUCUGAAACAGAACUUGACGGAGAGCUCAGUGUUUGAUAUAGUCACAGUGGCCGAUUUGCAUAGCAUGGACGAUUUGAAACUAGCAUGCAUCGAUUUCAUAUGUACUCAUGGGCGCCACUUUAUGUUCCGUACUGGCGGCUUCCCUAAGGUUCCCGCCAACAUAUCAGAAGGAAUCAUCAGGGAGCUUUUCAAAAGACAAGGAAGUUCUGAUCGACUUAAGUGCUAAGUUUUCUUCAGAAACUUUAUUGGUUGUGCAUAUGGAACUGAUAUCCUCUUUGAACAUAUGUAAC